AUGGUAAGGCCAAGACAUCUAAUCGUGAUCCUAGAAGAAGUUCUGGUGAAAGUAAGGAGGAUGAGGAUAAAGGCAUCUGACACAAGGAAAAGCAUGACAAGUCUCCCACUGGCAAAGAGGAUAAAGGGAAGACCACAUUGGCCAAGAGAUUGUCCCAAGAGGCAAGCCCUCAAUGCCAUGAUUGAAGAACGGGAAAAGGUGAAGACUCCACAGAUAGGAUCUCUACAGCUGCUUGGUGCCAUCGAAUCGAAACCUACUGCAUUGACCCAAUGGGAUAAGGGUUUAAUGUACGUAGAUGUCAAGGUCAACAGGAAGGCAACCCAAGUCAUGGUAGACACAGGCGUGUCGCAUAACUUCAUUAAGGCAGAGGAGGCCAAGAGGCUUGGUCUUAAACUUGAUAAGGGUCAAGGAUUGAUCAAGACAGUGAACACCAAGGCAAAGCCCAUAGAUGGCAUGGCUCAAGGGGUUGAGCUGCACCUUGGUGGAUGGCGUGGAAAAAUCAAUUUUUCAAUACCAUCACUCGAUGACUAUAACGUGGUGCUAGGGAUGGAAUUCUUGCUGGAGUUCAACGUAGCAUUGUUACCUUAUAACAACACUAUGUGCAUUAUGGACAGUGGGCCUUGCAUGGCACAAAUGAGAUCUCAUAUGAGGAAGAUUGACAAAGAUGCACUUUCAGCAAUAAUUUUCUUAAUGGUGUCUCUGUUCGUGAUCUCCACCGCUGUUCGUGCAGAACCUAAUUUCAUAUAUUGUGAUGUUAGUCCCGCUAAUUACACGCAAAAUAGCCCAUUUGGGAACAAUCUCAAGAGACUUCUUGAGUCUCUAUGGUUGAACACUCCUCUAAGUCAAGGCUUCAAGAGUACUGUAUUUGGAAAUAGUACUGAUCAAGUUUAUGGGCAAGCACUUUGCAGAGGGGAUGUCACUGCUGAAGUGUGUCGGGAUUGCGCUCAGAAUGCAAGCCAGGAGAUCAUGACAUUUGCUACUGGUAAAACCAAAAUUUCUACGAAUGAAACGAUUUAUGGGCUUGUCCAGUGCACAAGAGACAUCUCUCGAAGAGACUGUAGAGUUUGUUUGAAUUCUGAAUUUGGAGACCUUGAUGGGUGCUGUGAUUAUCGCCAAGGUGGUACUGUUUUAAGCAGAAACUGCAACAUGAGGUUUCAGUUAUACCCGUUUUACCACGAACCUACUGUGGCUAUGCUAGUUACCGGUCCAACAACAUUUGUGCUCGCAGGUCUUGUUGCUGAUUGCUAUGUUAUUCGGCAUCAGCGAAGCAACCGAACACGAAAGGAUGAGGAAAAAAGCCAAAGUGCAUUGUUACAAGAAUUGGCAAACCCACCUAGUGUUGACAUUAAUCAAGAAGGUGAAUUUGUCAGUUCUCAAGAUCUGCCUUUCAUGGAGUUGGCUACUAUAAAGGCAGCCACAAGAAACUUUUCUGAUACAAAUAAGCUCGGACAAGGUGGGGUCGGCACUGUUUACAAGGGUAUCUUGUGUGAUGGCAAGGAAAUAGCGGUCAAAAGGCUGUCGAGGAAAUCAUGGCAAGGAUUAGAGGAGUUCAAGAAUGAAGUCAUACUAAUAGCAAAACUUCAACAUAGAAACCUUGUGAGGCUUGUGGGUUGUGGCAUAGAGGGAGAAGAAAAGUUGCUCAUAUAUGAAUACAUGCCCAACAAAAGCCUUGAUCUCUUCAUAUUUGAUUCAGAGAAACGUGCAAAACUUCAUUGGGAUAUACGCCUGAACAUUAUUCUUGGGAUUGCUCGAGCACUACUUUAUUUGCACGAAGACUCAAGGCUUAAAAUCAUACACAGGGAUCUAAAGCCUAAUAAUGUUCUAUUGGACCAAGAAAUGGUCGCUAAGAUAUCAGAUUUCGGAAUGGCGAGAAUUUUUGGUGAAAACCAAAAUAUAGCUAACACCAAAAGAGUUGUAGGAACAUAUGGAUAUAUGGCUCCCGAGUAUGCAAUGGGUGGACUAUUCUCUGUAAAAUCUGAUGUUUUCAGUUACGGAGUGAUCUUGCUCGAGAUCAUUAGUGGGCAAAGAAACAGUGGCUUUUACCUUACAGAACAUGCUCAGACACUCCUUGCUUAUGCAUGGCGACUAUGGAGCAAUGGAAAAGAACCAGAACUUUUAGAUCCAUUGUUGGCGGGGUCAUGCCCUGUGGCAAAAGUUGUAAGAUGUAUCCAUAUUGGGCUUCUAUGCGUCCAAGAAGAUCCGAAAGAUAGACCAAAUAUGUCAUCUGUGGUGGUUUUAUUGGGAAAUGAAUCAGCAACACUUCCUGAACCAAAUCAACCUGCAUUUUCUGUUGGCAAGUUUGCUCAUAGCAAACCAUCUUCAUCCACAGAUCCUUCUGUAAAAAAUCAAGUCACUGUUUCUAGCAUAUCCCCGCAGUGA